AUGUUUCAAUGCGAACAGUGCCCUUCGGUUUUCACCAUGAAACAAAAUUUGACUAACCAUCAAAAGAAGCAUGCGGGUAUACGUUUUCCGUGCACUGUAUGUCCUUCGACAUUCACAUACAAGUCUGGCCUCAUCAAACAUACGAAGAACAUUCAUGGUAUCGUCAACGUUCCGGCUCAUUUGAGACCAGCUACGCCGAUCACCGCUCAACCAGCACGUCCAAGCGUCAAACAGCUCGCACCUCUUGCCGCUCUGCAGGGAGAUAUUCAAAUCGCGCCGCAGAUAUUUGUCCCCGAUGUUCCUGCUGGUGGCUCGAACAUGAUGUCCGAGGACGAGAUUUGCAUGGCAGCUAUGGACGAAUUCGAAGAUACAGGUUAG